CAGAUAUCUAAAACAUAUAUUUACAGAAAUAAUGGAAAAAGUUGUGGAACAUUUUUUCAUCUGGAGAACAGACUUGAAAAGGUUAGACGAACUUAUUACUCCAUCUUCAUCCUCUCAGGUUCAAACAGAGAUUAUCCAGAGAACAGUUGGUUCACACCUCAACAAAACAUUCCCAGUUUUCUCCGAGUUCAAUCUACGGUUCUGUAAACAUGUUAUCCGGCUCCUGGAGAACUGUAACUGUGAGGUUCAGGAUGAGUUCUACGAGCUUAUCCAACAAACCCUCCUUAUUUCAGAGAAAUCAGAAUCCUUCAAAUCCUAUUUUCUUGGUUCUCAAACCAUCUCCUUGCUAGAGAAACCAGAACUUAUCAGUGAUGGAACUACUGGUUUGAACACGUGGACUGCAGGAAUACAUCUGACUAGAUGGAUUAGUUCUCAACCUAGAACCUGGCUGGACGGAGCUAGAGUAGUAGAACUAGGGGCUGGAGCUGGAAUUACAGCGAUCUUCACAAUAAAACAGUUUGAAAAUGUAGAAGAGUAUAUAGCAACAGACUGCCAUCCAUUAGUACUGAAGAACAUGAGCAGAAACAUUGAACUAAACCUGAACAGAGAAAAGAAUUCUAGAUCUGUAAAAUACAAGGUUCUGAACCUUGACUGGGAAUCAGACGAGGAGACUAGGUUUGCUCCGGAUAUAGUUCUAGGCGCGGACAUAGUUUUUGAUCCUAGUUUAGUUCCCAGCUUGGUUUCUACUAUUUCUAAACUUCUCUGCGAAAAGAACGGAACAGCCUUCAUCUGUAGCACAGUCAGGAAUGAGGAAACCUACCAAGGUUUCUUAGAGAACCUGGAGCAGAGAUACCUGCGCUGGUCUCGGAUAUCCUACGAAUCCUCGGACCCAGUCCAAAUCCUUAAAAUAAAUCUUGAAUCCUGAUUUUGUUUCAGAA